GUAGCCCUGCUCCUCGUCGCCUGGACCGACGUCGCCUUCUCCAAGAAGAGCAAAGGCAAACCCAGCGGAGGAGGCUGGGGCACCGGGAGCCACCGCCAGCCCAGCUACCCCCGCCAGCCCGGCUAUCCCCAAAAUCCCAGCUAUCCCCAUAAUCCGGGCUACCCCCACAACCCUGGCUACCCCCACAACCCUGGCUACCCCCACAACCCUGGCUACCCCCACAACCCGGGGCGGGGACAGGGGGCGGCGGCAGCGGGCGCUGUGGUGGGAGGUUUGGGGGGCUACGCCAUGGGACGCGUCAUGUCGGGGAUGCACUAUAACUUCGACAGCCCCGAUGAGUACCAGUGGUGGAGGAAUAACGCGGCGCGUUACCCCAACCAGGUUUACUACCGGGAUUACAGCAGCCCCGUCUCGCAGGACGUCUUCGUCGCCGACUGCUUUAACAUCACGGUGACCGAAUACAACAUCGGACCCGCCGCCAAGAAGAACAUGUCAGAGGCUGGGCCCGCAGUGAAACAAACAAAGGUGGAGCUGGAGACCAAGGUGGUGACGAAGGUGAUCCGGGAGAUGUGCGUCCAGCAGUACCGCGAGUACCGCCUGGCCUCCGGCAUCCGGCUGCACCUCGCCGACGCUUCCCUUGCCACCCUCCUCCUCCUCACCCUCUUCGCCAUGCACUGA